AUGUCUGAUCCAGAAGAUAAAUCUUUGCGGGUGGUGCCUGAGGUCGAAGAGUAUGGCGAGCCGGAAGGCGAAAAUGGCGAUAACCACGAUGCAGCCGGUGCUGAAGCGGAUGCGCUUGGUCAUAUGAGUCGUCGCGAACGCUUUCGCAAGCGUGGUAUCUAUCUACUGCCUAAUCUCAUCACCACCGGAGCACUUUUUGCCGGGUUUUAUGCCAUUGUCGCAGGCAUGAACGGUAAUUUUGUUGCGGCCUGCCUGGCGAUAUUUGUCGCUGGGGCGCUUGAUACUGCGGAUGGCCGCGUUGCACGCCUGACCAAUACCGAAAGCCAGUUUGGUGCCGAAUACGAUAGUUUGUCGGAUAUGGUGGCUUUUGGUGUAGCGCCUGCUCUGGUUGCUUUCUCAUGGGGCCUUUCCAGUCUUGGGCAACUUGGCUGGGUCGCCACCUUUGUCUAUAUGGCCUGUGCCGCUUUACGCCUCGCACGGUUUAAUACAAAGGGUGAUAACGCCAGUUUUACCGGAUUAGCCAGCCCGUCAGCCGCUGCGAUUAUUGCCUGCAGCAUCUGGGCCUGGGUCGAAUACGGCGGUGGGGUACCCGGCGUCAUCGGUUCCGGAAUCAUGGCCGCCGUCACCACGCUGGCGGGACUGUUGAUGGUAUCGAACUUCACCUAUUUUUCACCCAAACUGCUGAACUUCAAAGACCGGGUGCCUUUUGUCACGAUGGUUUUUGUGGUGCUGGGUUUCUCCAUUCUUAUGGUGGAUCCGCCUACUGUGUUGUUGUUCCUGGCCAUCACCUAUGCGUUGCAGCCAAUGUCCCGAUACCGACCCGCGCCCAUUCCCAGCUCCGAAAUAACGCCGGAAUCAAUUUACCUGAAUCGGCGGGCGUUCAUGAAGAACAGCGCUGUGCUCGCUGCUGGUGCCUCACUUGCCUCGCCAGCUGUUGCUGGCCUGCAACCUGACGAUGAUAUCACGCCGGAACAAAUCGCUACCUCCUACAACAAUUUUUAUGAGUUUGGUACCGACAAAGGCGACCCGGCAAGAUAUGCCCAUGAGCUCACCACCGACCCCUGGCGCGUUUCAGUUUCCGGUGAGGCGGGCAAAACCGGCGAGUUUGAAUACGCCGACAUUAUCAAAGGCAUGAUGGUAGAAGAACGUAUUUACCGGUUUCGUUGUGUUGAGGCCUGGUCCAUGGUGGUGCCCUGGAUGGGUAUUCCCCUGAAAAAAAUCCUGCAGCAGUUUGAGCCCAACGGUAAUGCCAAAUAUGUUGAGUUUAAGACUCUGGUACGGCCAUCCGAGAUGCGCGGGCAACGCAGUUUCUUUUCCGGCAUCGAUUGGCCGUAUGUCGAAGGGCUGCGACUGGAUGAGGCAUACCACCCGCUGACAAUUAUGGUGGUAGGCAUGUAUGGAAAGACGCUGCCGAAUCAGAACGGCGCACCCUGGCGCUUGAUGGCGGCACUUACUCUCAAGGUGCUGCUGGCAUCGCUGUUAAGUGCGCCACUGGUCUGGUUGGCCUGGCGGGUCAAGCUUGAUUUAGACCAGCCUGGCAGCGGUUUGGGGCCGGAUGCAGGAGAGACCCUGGUCCAUUACCUGGGUGAGUGGUCUCUGGUGAUGGUGUUGGUGGCGUUUUCAAUUUCGCCGAUGCGUCGCUGGACACAUUAUUCCGGGUGGCUGCGCAGUCGCCGCAUGGUUGGUUUGUUUGCCUUCAGUUAUGUGCUUCUGCAUUUCUCCAGCUAUUUGGUUUUCUAUCUGGGCUUGUCCUGGCAGGCACUGUUUGAAGACUUUGUUGAACGCGCCUACAUCACCGCCGGCAUGGUCGCGUUCUUUUGUCUGCUCCUCAUGACCUUGACUUCAACCCGUGGCUGGCAACGCCGCCUGCGCCAACGCUGGCAGCAGCUCCAUCAACUUAUUUAUAUCGCUAUAGGCUCUGCGCUGGUGCACCUGGCGUGGCUCACCCGCGACGGCUACCUGGAAGUCGCCCUGUACAGUCUCUGGUUUGUGCUGCUGUGUUUUGAACGUUGGUCGGCAGGGGCGGGGCCGCGCUUCAGCUUGCGGCGCGACGUGCAAUCACCGCCUGGCUGA